AUGGCACGUCUCAUUCCUUACAAUCGACAACAUCCAACAAAUAAUACUCUUUUUAUUCUCACAGGUGGCCCAGGUGAAUCUGGUUGGACUUUUAUUCUAUAUGCAGCAUAUCUUUUUCCACCUAGUGAUGGUAUUACUAUCAUAUUGCCUGAUCACCGUGGUAUUGGACUAUCGACCUCGUUAAGUUGCGAUAAUUAUGGUUCACAAAAUAUAGAUGUUAAUUGUAUUUCUUAUCUUACUUCAAAAUGGAGUAUCGAAGGUUUAAAUCAGUUUUCUAUUACUUCAGCGGCUCAUGAUUUAUCUGUUCAAAUUCGAUAUUAUCAAUCUAUUGUUUCUAGUCGUAUUGCUGUAUUUGGUAUGAGUUAUGGAACAAUAUGGCUUGAUCGUUUUCUUCAAAUCUAUCCCAAUUUAGUUCAGGCAUCUAUUAUGGAUAGUGCCAUUAAUCCAAUACUUAUGUCUUUCAGUCGUUAUGAUCUUUGGGCAUCAUUAGUUGCUACAAAAAUUUUAGCCUAUUGUCAAUUACAACCUGAAUGUAAUCGAUAUUUUCCAGCUAGUGAACCACCUCAAAUAAUGUUGUCAAGAAUACUUAAGGAAUUGGAUGAAAAUAAUCAACGUUGUGUCAAUAAUUAUUUUUCACAAUAUCAGUUGACUGCCGAUAAGCUUCGAAAUAUCUUUAGCGGUAUGAUGUACUCGAGCGAGUCAUUUUAUGAUCGUACUGUUAUACCAGCUGUUAUCUUUCGUCUGAAUCGUUGUAAUCAAGAUGAUGUGACGUUAUUGAAGUUCUUUUUUCAAACUAAACUUGGAACACAAAAUGGUACGGGAUCAGAAAACUUAACUAUUCCGUCACUGUUGGGUUCAGCAGUACUCGGUUAUAAUAUUGUUCAAUCGGAACUUUGGCUAGGUCAAAAUGAAGAGGAAGUUGAUUUAGAAACAAUAUUGUCUUGGCAUAAUUCAACUUUAGUUGGUUCAAAAGAUCCGACAUUGUAUAUAUCUUUGCGUUCUAAAUGGCCCAAAUAUCCAUUGAAUGAAUAUUACCAUAAAGUAGCUACCAAUUCAACUGUAUUGAUGUUAGCCGGUCAACUCGAUCCAGCAGCACAUACGGAUUACGCUAUUCAUCUUGCAGCAUUGACAGCUAAAACACGAACAUUCUAUAGUUUUCCAUUGAUUGGUCAUAUUGUUAUUCUUGUAGCGCAAUUUGGCUAUCAAUGUCCACUAAAACUUGUCUCUGCAUGGGCAUUUCCUAAUUUAUUUCCAUCAAAUUGGAGUGAUCCGAACUGUGUUCAAGAAUUUCCUACGACAAUAAAUUUUGUUGGAGCUGAUGAAGGAGGAGAAUAUGCUUCGAUGAAACAUUUCAAUAUAUCAAAGCCAUUUGAUAAUCUUAAUUCAACCAUUGUGCCUAGUUCAACCAUUAUGCCUAAUUCAAGUAUUCCUGCAACAAAUGGUUAUAAUCUUUUUAUUUACUUUGCGUUAGUUUUUCUAACAUUAUUUGUCUAG